AUGGUGAUUAUUGAGACACAUAGUAUGCACGAAGACAUCGAUGAUUUUCUUAUGGAAAAGGAUGUCCCAAUGAGUGAAGGCUUAAAGGGCGCUAACGAAGAAGUGCCGAAAAUAGGUAUGGAGUUUGAUUCAGAAGAAAGGGCAUAUGAGUACUAUAAUCGUUAUGCUAGAGGCGUUGGGUUUGGUAUCCGUAGAGAUUCGACCACUCACCGCAAAGAUAAAACAAUUUCUAGAAGAGCUUUGGUUUUUUCAAAUCAAGGAAAUUAUCGAAAGCAUAUAAGGGGGUCUCCUAUGAAACGAUGCUUGCAUGCACGAACGGUUUGCGAAGCAAAGUUAGUUAUCAAACUAGUAAGUGAUGAUUCAAAAUACUCUAUUGUAGAAUUUGUGGAAAAACACAAUCACGUGCUUACUUGUCCAGGGCAAGUGCAUCUAUUGAGAUCACAGAGGAAUAUAGAAACUGCUCAAGCGAGAUUAAUUGAAAACAUGCGUGAUGCAGGUAUAAGUCAGAAAAAUAUUUUUGUAUAUUUCAGUGUUGAAUCAGGGGGGUCUCAAAUUCUGAACUUUACUCAAAUGGACUGUAAUAAUCAUAUACAAAGAAGACGACGUCAAGAUGUCCUAAAAAAAGGAGAUGUUGAACAUCUGUUAGAAUACUUUCUGGAGAAGCAAAAAGAUAAUCCAUACUUCUUUUAUGCAAUUGAAAUGGAUGAGCCUGGUCAACUGUGCAAUUAUUUUUGGACUGAUGCAAAAUGUAUGAUGGACUACAGUUUCUUCGGUGAUGUAUUGAUAUUCGACACGACAUUUGGAACUAAUGGCUAUGAUAAACCAUUUGCACCCUUUGUUGGUAAAAAUAAUCAUGGGCCAACGACUCUUUUUGGGUGCGCUUUACUACUAGAUGGGAGCACAGAUUCAUUUGUAUUGUUAUUCAAGACAUUUUUAAAUGCCAUGAAUGGGAAACAUCCACAGACAAUUUUCACAGACCAGGCAACGCCAAUUAUGAAUGCAAUUAACCUGGUAUUCCCAAAUACUCAUCACCGACUUUGUCUCUGUCACAUUUUUGAAUUGGCUGCAAAACAUCUUUCUCAUGUAUUUGCAAGUUCUGAAUUUUUUUCCAAAGAUUUCAAAAAGUGUAUAUAUGAAAAUGAAACCAAAGACGAGUUUGAAUCCAUGUGGAAAAGUUGCUUCAAAAAUACAAGCUAA